AAUAAGCAGCAGCGACCAACCAACAAGAACAUCAACAGCAACAAGAAGAAGUGACAACAGUAACAACAUUACGUCGUCUUCAUGUCAACAUGGAUCCGCCGAAUUUAACUUAUUUAGUGUUACUUCUGACCAUUUUUGCUGCUAGUUCUCAUGGAAGAAUUCAUGAACUCAAACUUCAGGGUGAUGAGCGAAGAUACAUUGCGCUCACCACAUUUGGUUUCUACAAGGGUGGCUAUUUAAAUGUCAGGCUACUUAAUUUCCAUCCGCAACCAUUGGAUAAAAAUCAUGUGUAUGGGUUCAGCUUGGAUAGAACUUUAAGUGAUGCAAUGAAUCCUUAUCUGGAUAGUCAUCAAGAGCGCUGUCUGCUUGAAGAGCCUAGCCGACCUGAAACGGAGAACCCCAACAGUCCACCUGUUGUCUAUUUUACCAUGGACCUUAAGAACUUGAAACUAAAUGUGAGUUGUAGUAGAAAAAUCCCAACCCUUCAUGUGUAUCAGAACAUCUCAUCCCUUCCAGCAUUGUCUGAGCAUGUUCAAGAAAGCGCAAUGCCAUCCCAGGUCUUGAGAGCAGCCAGAUCUGCUGAAGAUGAGUCUCGUACACCCUGUUCGAAUUUGCAAUGGCCAAUAACUACUGAUGCCAAAAGAGAAUAUUUCAAUGCAUCGUUUGUGAUGUAUGUGGCAACUGAAGCAGAAGAGGGAUUGUACAACCUGUACUUCCACAGCUGUCCAAACUACCACAGUGACGAUGCUGAAGUGUCCAUCACUUUUACUAUGGAAAUAGAGGAGACAAAUCAAGGAAACUACCUCUCAGCAGGAGAAAUGCCACUACCAGCUCUCUACUUCAUGAUGGCAUUACUUUUCUUCCUUUCUGGUUGCUUCUGGGUGUUUAUAUUGCGCCAUAGCAAACAUCCUGUUUACAAGAUUCAUUAUUUGAUGGCAGUUUUGGUUUAUUUGAAGUCAUUAUCUCUGCUCUUCCAUGCCAUCAAUUUCCAUUUUAUUCAAACAAAAGGAGAACAUGUUGCUGCUUGGGCAAUUCUGUUUUAUGUGACUCAUCUUUUGAAAGGUGCUGUACUUUUCAUCACAAUUGUGUUGGUGGGAACAGGAUGGAAUUUUAUCAAAUACAUUCUAUCAGAAAAAGAUAAGAAGAUUUUUAUGAUUGUCAUACCACUGCAGGUCCUUGCCAAUGUAGCAGAGAUCAUAAUUGAGGAAUCAGAGGAAGGAGACAUUGAGCACAGAAUGUGGAGAGAAGUCUUCAUCUUUGUGGACCUGAUAUGCUGUGGUGCAAUUUUAUGUCCAGUUGUGUGGUCUAUAAGGCAUCUUCAGGAAGCGUCCGAGACCGAUGGGAAAGCGGCCAUUAACUUGCGCAAAUUGAAACUCUUCCGACACUUCUACAUUGUUAUUGUGUGCUACAUUUACUUCACAAGAAUUAUAGUGUGCCUGCUGAGGAUGACCGUUCCAUUCCAAUACGAGUGGCUUGAUGAGAUGUUCAGGGAAAUGGCCACCUAUGUCUUCUUUGUUUUAACCGGAUAUAAAUUCAGGCCAGCUGCUGCCAAUCCAUACUUCCAAGUUAACACAGAUGAAGAAGAAGAAGAAGAUGAAGAAGUUGACAUUGUUAUUACAGAAACGGGAUUGACGGAGGGACUUGCCAAGAUAUCCAGAAGUCUAGGUGUUCCAAGUGGAUCAGGUGAUGUCGAUGAAGACAGAGUCAACCUUCUAUCCAAGCGUGAGAGCAGCCACGAGUACGACUGACUUUAAGAGAUUGGGCCACUGAUAUUAGUUUACAAAAAGAAAAAUGGCAGUACAGUACAGCACCGUCCUUUGAGAUGUGAAUUUGUAAUGAUUACCUUGAAACCGUAUGUACUCUUGAUCUUUUUAAUUGUGUUUCUGGGGGUUAGCUGGGGUAUGGAUGUUUUUGCGUGAGUUACUGGCAACUCAUGGGUCAGAUUGGCACUUGCUUCUGUCCCUUCAAGGUGUUGCUUUGCACUCGUUAUGAAUGAAAGAAGGAAAACAUUUAACCCUGUCUGUGAAUAUUUAUUGUUAUUUAUACAUUUAUCUGAGCAAACAGGCUCUUUUUAUUCUAACAUAGCCAACAGUGAUAGUUUCCAUAUUACCUUACAUCUUCACCCUCCUGUUACCUUUGUAUUUGCACAUCACUUCUCAUAGUCAAACAUUUUGGCAAUAAUUUAUCAGUAUGGUUAAACUCCUUUCUUUUGGGUGUUGCAGUAAUCCUCCCUACCACACCAACCAUGCUAUUUUUACUGUGUGCGGUAGUCCUUGCUUGAUGGCAUGUGCCACUCUGCUUCACUGUUGUGUUUUCCUUAUAAUGUAUCUAGUCUUGAACUUCUGCAUAGUAUGUUUUAAGGUCUGUUGUAGGAUCAGCAGUGUGUGAGCAAAUUAACUACUGGUAACAUGUAAGACUGAGGUUCUUGGAAUUUCAAUGGAACUGUUUGUUUCAAACACAAUUUUUCUUUGUUGUUAAGAUUCAUUUUCUUUCCCCUUUCAAAUAAUUUGCUAAGGUAAAUACAAAUGUAAAAUAGUGAUCAAGAUUGAGGCUUCUUUUGAGAAUGUAGUGUUUCUUGAUCUGAUAUAUCACUAAAACGAAAAUUAAUAGAUUGGAGUAGUUCGUCAUGGCUGUGAUUGAUUUAUGUUGAUGCUACCAUUUAGUGUGAAAUCUGAAUGGAAGAUCUUUCAGAUAGUUUUUGUUCUGAUCUGUAGUCAAAUUUCAUAAACAUGUUUUUACUCUAUAUUAUUUAAUUUACAGCUUGGACUUUCUCUUUAAAAUAUUAUUGCUUUUUGUAACUUUCUAUAAUGUAAUGCAGGCUCUAUAAAUAUAAGAUAUUUUAGGUCAUGUUUCUAUGUUUACUUUAUAUACUACUGAUGCACCAUUUCCAACCCCAUGUUGAAUGAGGAUGAGUUUUGGGAUUAGAUCAUGGGGGUAAUUGACAUUUGGGUCCAUAUGAAAAGAGUCUAGGUACAUACACUAACCAACUUUUGAGUUGGUAGUGAACUUUGAAAAGUCAUUUACCAUGAAUGUGGAUUUUACUACUAGCAGUUCAUUCGCUUUUGUUAAAAACACUUUAGGUUUAAUAAUAAAAAUUCAUUGACUGGCAAUUUUUGGGAUGUUGUGGAGCUCACAUAAUGUUGUAUAUUCUUAUAUUUGUGAUAAACCUUGUGGGUUAUCAGCAAAUGAAACAAAAGGGUUUCAAAAAUAUGUAUUUGUACCACUAGCCAUUGAUGAGACGCACUUAUUGUCAAGUCGAAAUUUACCUGCAAUUUUGUGAGUUGUGGGACAGCAUAAGUAACGUAUCCAUGUGAUGAAUGUAGGUUGAAGCUACAUUUGGCUUGAAUUUAUCAGUGCCUUUUCUGCUUUUAUACUUUGAACUGAUGAUGACUUUUCUUUUUUCCUUUUUGCCUUGGUUUAUUUAGUCUAGGAACCAAUGGUUGUGGUCAGCAGUAUUGUCUUUAUACAUGAGGUACUGGCUAUAUUAUUUCAGAAAUCUAUCUAUAAUGUUAUCAUAGAGAGUGAAGCCAGAUACCUGUGUAUUGAUCCAAUCUUUCUUUGUAGAGUCACUGCCCUGUGAUGUUUGUGCAAUGUUACUUAAUAGGAAAAAAUGUGCACUGGCAAUAAAGACUGGAUCACUAAUA